UAGAAAUGCUAGUGUUUCUUGGCCAGUGAAGAUUCAGGGCCAAGAAGUGAACUUUAUUGUAGAUACUGGUGCGUCAAAAACAAUUAUAUUUAUAGGGAUUGUCCCAUUAUCAGUAUUUAAGUUAGUAUGUAGCAGGGAAUCCCUACCAGCAUGUAUAUUAUUUUGUCAGAAAAUAUGCACUGUAGCUAUGAUAACUUCUAUAUAUUUUUUUUUGUUAUGCUUAUAUCAAAAUAAACCCUGUCAUUUGGUUUGGUUUUAUGCAAAAAGACAUAACUGUUACAAAAUAAAAAGGGGAUUUGGAUUAAAAAGAAAGCAUUUGAAAGGAUAUUAUCUUAUAUAUUUAUAAAUUGGUUUGCAGAAAAACCACAAAAUACAUAUUCAUUUUUCAGAGAAGAUGAAGUGAACCCUGAAAAAAUACUCAGAGUAUUCAGUAGUGAAUAUCUGGAGGGUUGUACCAUGGGUACUGUAGAAAUAGAUACAGAAGAAACCCCAAGUUAUGACCGCACAGAAAUAUUUGUUAGCAGAUAUUCUGUGUGGGAGGAUGGCCUUGAACAAUUGCUGACAGUAGAAAAUCUACGCUAUCCCCUGUAUGUGGCUUUUCAUGGUGAGGAGGCCAUUGAUUAUGGCGGCCCAAGAAGAGAAUUCUUGCAAAUUAUGGUAACAGAAACAAAGAACAGGCUUAUGAAGGAAGAAAAUGGUGUUGUCACCCUUGUAGAAGAUGAUUUUUUAUGGGCCUUGGACUAAUUUGUGGUGUGUACAAUGCAUUAGGUAUACUAUUUUGAAAUAAGAAUAAAUCUAGGUAUUGGGUUAAAAAAAUUAAUGAUGAACUGAAUGGGUUGGGUAACAAGCAUAUGAAAAUAGCAUGUCCAUCAGCAUAAAAUCAAUUUAGUUGAUGAAAAAAAUGGGAUUUCCAAGUGAUAUAAGUCUGACAUUUUCACUUGCAACAGAUUCCAUGUUACCAACGGCAAGCACAUGUAUCAUGCAAAUGAAUUUGAAGAUACCAGCUCUGGGAGCGGAGAGGUCCCCCAGGAAUUCAUUUACAAUUUGUGGGACUUGGCUUUUUCUAACACUUUUUUUGGGCUAUGUUAAAGAGACAUAUCAAAUCAUCUUUUUGCCACAAAGUAUUAUGCCCAAACUCAAUGAACUUGUAAUCAGGAGGUUGGAGUUCAAUUGAAUGAGUCCACGUGAAAAUAGUGCAACAGUAAGCAAAGCUUAGUCUGAGAUGCCUUUGAGAAAGUAUUUUUAUGAAAGAAAUCAGAAAUACUGAGAGCCUGCCUAAAGAUUUUACAUAUUGAAAGAGUUUGAGCAUUAUUUAAGAUGUAUGUUAAUACUAGAUUUGAUGAGUUGAAAAAUUUUGUAUGCUAGCUGUUUAUCCAAUUGAAAAGUAUAGUGCACUUAUACAUUAAGCACUAUUUUGUUUGGAUGUACAAGUGCUCAGUUUUUUAUGUAAAAUAAAUAUUUUAUAAACUGUUUACCAUAGUCAAAAGUUUAGUAGAUUAGUACAUGGUGCAAUAUUUUUGCAUAAAUACUAGUGCUCAGAUUUUCCAGUUAUACUUUGUGCAAUGUGUUUUUUUUUUCUCAGCCAAAAAUAUAAAUAAACGUGAUAUAAAGAAUGACCCAAUUCUCAGCUAUAUCAUAAAUGUCCUUUACACUUCACUCUUCUUUUGACCCUUCUUUAUACACAAUACCGUCACCCAUGUUCAGCAAAAACAGCACAUUUGUAUAAUUUUAUCACAGCUGGCUAAAUUCUGUCUCGUCUUCACUCACAAGGGGGCUUACGUGAGAUAGAAUAUGCCUGCGCAUGCUCAGUGAAUUGCUGCGUUUGUGCUCAGUUAGACGCGUUUUUUCCGUGCUCUGGUUUUUGGGGAUUUGAUCACGUGCAAAUUUCAGAAAUUUUCAGCAAACGAUACUGUAGGAUUAUAUAUUCAUAUAUAUUAUGUUUGUUUAUACUAGACUCUCAUCUAAGGACGGAUAUUCUGAUCGAAAUGGAAGGUUCAAACUUUACAGAAAACGGCCGUGAACGCAAAGCAAGUAGCAGGUCGCUAUUUGAGGCCUUCGCGGCAAAACUUUCCCAUUCGACGAACGUUCAGCAUCGAGAUGGCUCAGAUGCUCACCCCACCGGUGUUGUCCCAAGAAGGGAGGACGACGAAGACGCGGAACCCGCCGGGUUAAAGAAAUGAGGACCGAGAUGGCGACAAAUCUCGCCCAGAUACAGUUUGUUCUCAUCAGCAUUAAAAGAACGGGAUGAGCACUGGGAGAGUCGACUGGAAAAUUUGGGCAUUGGCGAUGAUUCACUCCAGUCUGGACAUUCUAAGCAUUCUUCCCACAACAUUGUCGUUCCAGUAAUUGAGCAAGAGCAGGAUCAGAUGUCCACCGGCUCGAAAUCUCCAGAUGACUUCUACGAAGUUAUUAGAGAGUUUCGGCAGGACGUUGAACGUGUACGUAUACGUGUGACGUAACAGGUCGUUGCCAACUACGUCACGACUUUUGACAUACAGCCUCGCCUAGGUUCUCGUCUUGCGUACGUUCUGAACGUGAAGAAGGCUGUUUACACUGCUCUGUUCUCAAACAAGAUGGCUUUGGCAGACGAUAAAAAUAAAAAAAUCAGAUUCACUCCUGCUCUAGACAUCCUCCUGCUGCAGGAGGUUUUGGUGGUAAAUCCAUUUGAGGAAAGCCCAAGGUGGGCAGAAGUUUCCACCUCCUUUAAUGCUGUAUUGAAAGAGAGGCGUGGCGAUGAAAUGACUUUAACCACUGCCAGGACUGUUCGAGAGAGAACAGCACAUUUGAUUCAGAAAUUUAAAAAAGAUGAAAUGGAGAGUGCAAGAAAAUCUGGAACAAAUGAAGAGUACGGUCAGAGAGAGCAGCUACUCACUGACCUGGUAGCACUCCUCAAUGAAACUCAGCAAAAAACUAAGGCCAACAAGGUUGACGCUGAGAAGGCUGAAAAAGAGGAGGGGAUGGCUGUAAGGCAGGCAGCCCUUAAUAGAAAAGAGGUUAAAGAAGGACAGUCAGGUGUGGGCAGAAAGAGGAGCUCAGAAAGAGAAGAUUAUCUGGCCAUAGUCAGGGAAAGGGAACAGAAUGCGAAGAGAUUGCGGGAAGAGGAGCUGGCCCUCAAGAGGGAAGAACUCGCAUUGUCAAAAGCCAGAUUUGAACUGGAAAAGAAGGAGAGGGAGAGAAGAAUGGAAGCAGAGGCGGCAAGAGAGAAAAUGAUGCUGGACUUGAUGAAGGCAGUAAUGGAAAAGAAAUAAAUCUUUUUUCCUAUU